CCGGCCGACAGGAGCCGGAAGUCCUGGAGGAGGAGCGGGGCGGGGGGGAGGUGCGGUGCAGGUGCGCCCCCGAGCGCGCUGUGGGCGUGCCCGGUGCCCGCCGCGGUGCGGGCAGGAGGAGGUACAGCGUCGGCGGUACCCAUCUGGCUGAGUGGGCCGUGGCGGGGCGCGCCCUCGGCCGGCGUCCCCGGGGCUCCGGCGGGUCUGCGCGCGCGCCGCCGCGGAAGCAGGUCGGCCUUGCCCGUCCCUCGUCCGCGACCAGACAGAAGAUGGGCACCCGACUGUGACCCCGAAGACGCACCCCUUGCCCUCGUUCUUUUGAGCGCCGCCUCGACCCCCAGUUGUUCCAGGGGCGCAGUUCCCCGCACCUUGCAGGUCCCAGGCUGAAGUUCGCGAGUAGAUAGUGGGCCAUGCUGUGUCCUGGGGGUACGACUCGUAGAAGACCUGACCUUGGUGCUGUAGGAUACGACAGUCUGGGGCAGAUGCUAUUAGAAGAUCCUGUUACCACUUGUCUUUCUCCCUCAGUCUAUGAUAUGAUCUGUAAAUUUGGGUUUGAAGUCAGAGAAACUUGUGAUAUCAAUAGCAUUGUAACUCAGAGGGGUGAAGUAUGCUGGAAGACAAUCACAGACUGCGUGAUUUAUACAGAAUCAGCCCAGAGUCUGGAUUACCCAGGAAGUGUGAGGCUGCUGGGCCCUGUGUGUGAGGCCGUCCACUCACAUUUGUUAUCUCUGACCAAGGAGCAGUUUGAAAUCUGUUAUACACCGUGGCUGCAGUGGACAGCUUUUCCAGAGUUAUUUCCUGAAAUACUUGAUGCUUUGGAAAGCCUUCAAUCUCCCGCUAUUUCUCUUAGCUUAAUGAAACUGACAGCAUGUCUAGAACGGGCUUUGGGUGAUGUAUUUUUACUGAAUGGGAAGGAAUGUCCUUUUCUUUUAAGAGAUCUGCUUGCAUCUAAGGAGCUUGCUCAGGUCUUUGGGCAGUCUGUGAUGGACGUACUGAAAGUCUUCCUUGGAUCUCCACGCGGGCUCAAUCUGCGUAACAUCCUGUGGCAUGGGUUUGCGUCCCCUCACGAAGUCCCUCCGAAAUACUGUUCGAUGAUGACGCUGUUGGCAGCGGGCUUGGGUCAGCUGCUAAAGAGUUACUUGCGACAAACUAAAUUCGCAUUGGUGCACCGACCUUUCAGAGCUCUUCCAGACCUUGAGGAUUUGGCCGUUUUCCCAGAUAUGACUUCUGAGGUACUUCCAGUGUUAGAAGAAGUGAUGAAGAAAUCCACUUUUAUAUUAAAAAUCAUGUUGCCGUACUGGGAAGAGGCGUUAAUCAGGUUCAAGGCACACAGGUUUGCUGACUGUGCCGUGUUGUUACUGCCGCAGCUGGAGACGGGACUCAGGAGAGUGUUUGCCGUCGUUAACGAGUGUUCACAGAGACUUCUGACGGCCGAGUCAACAGCUCUUUAUACCACCUUCGAUGAAAUAUUGGCAAAGCACUUGAAUGAUGGUAAACUCAAUCAACUUCCUCUUUUCCUUGGAGAGCCUGCAAUGGAGUUUCUUUGGGAUUUCCUGAACCAUCAGGAGGGUCCUCGUGUAAGAGACCAUCUGAGCCACGGGGAGAUCGACUUCCCCGAAUUUCCAAAAGAAGCGGCGAACCAAUUGCUUGCAUUUUCCACCGUGCUUUUACUCCGAUUCGUCGACGAAGGCCUGUUGUCAGUGCUCAAGGAAGAGGCGGCGAUCCGGUCACUGGUCGGUCUCGCCGCAAGCUACCGUGCUCGCGUCCACCCGGUGUCUCAGCUGAGAAAACAGGUGCUGAGCUGUGAGAAGAGCCUCGAGGCUUGGCCCCUCCUGUCUUUGCCCACAGAAGCCGAGGAGGCUGCCAGAUUAGAAGGUCAUUCUGAGACCGAUGCCUGCAACUCUUUACUUACAGAAAUCAUGUCUGAGCUAUGUCACCACCUGCCUGAGGGUCACCGUGUCGCUAGGGGCUUGGACAACCUUCCUGCUGAGAAGUGGCCCCAGGUGAUCCGUGAACUCUGCGGCACCCCCGUGCCAACUCUGUUCUGUCCCAGAACCGUUCUGGAAGUGCUCACUGUCCUCCGAAACAUCACUGCACACUGUGCCCGCGUGUCCAGCCAGGUCGCUGCCUCCGCGGAGCUGAGACAGCGGCAGUGGGUGGAACGGAGGCUGCGCUCCCGGCAGAGACAGACAUAUCUGCACAUGCUGAGUAGUAUUAAGCUUCUGUCUCCUGUGCUUUACCUGAUUUUACUGCUGAUUGCGCUGGAAUUGGUCAACAUUCAUGUGGUUCAUGGAAAAAAUGCUUGCGAAUAUCAACAGUAUCUAAAAUCAGGAACACACAACAAGAAGGUGUGAUGGCUGCAGAUGCCCCACAGGGACCCAGGAGGUGCGACAUCCAGCCGGCAGACAAAUGGUGGGGACGCGUCCAGAUGGCGUCGGAACGUCCAGCCGCGCCCCUGCGUCCCUCCCCCACCCGUGGUUCUGCACACACGUCUUGCUGCCGAGGGCCCCCGUGUGCCAGGUUCUGCUUGGCACGAAUCCCGAUGGCAUUCCCCCUGCCUUCUGCCUGUGCCUAAUGAGCAAUCCCAAGACACCCCGCGGCUGAGAGCCCCAGACCGCGAGCCCAGCACCUCGGAGAAAUGCUGUCCUCCAGCGGCUCAGCUCGUCCUGGGGCGCUCCUGCCCGAUCUCAUGGUUUCUUCCACAUCGCCCAGAUCCCACCCCCCCACCCCCACUAUCACCUCUUCCAGAACACGCGGUGGCUCGGCCAUGGGGCUCCUUUGCUGUGGCCUCCAGAACCCCGCGUGGCAGAGCCAGCGGGCACAGGAGCAGAGACAGGGCCGGUGGCCGUCAGCCCAGGGCCCGGCCGAGCACACCUCACAAGAAAGGACGGGGGUCCACGGGGCCUGCCCAGGGUAGAGGUGAGUGAGACAGAAACAGAGCCCAAAGGGUGUGACUGUGGGACACUGACCCCUCUAGACGCCACCUGCCUUUAUAUCCACGGUCAUCAUCAACCUCCAGAUCACCCAGCGAGGCGGCGGCCGCUCUUCACGGGGAUCGGUACCUACCCAAGUCACAGAGCGACCGAGCGGGCCAGGGGCCGAGCCCGGGCCAAGAGACAAGGUGGGCAGGCUGGGUGGUCAGCAGGGCCCCUGAACUGAGCCGAGGCCUGCAGGUCAACAAGAGGGUAGAGGAACUCGAAUGCCAGGGGGACACAGGCUGUGCGCGGGCAGGCCACCGGGCUGUGGCCUUGUCAGCAAUGCGGAACUUGGAGCCUCAGCCUCCACGGGAACGUCACAAAUCUCCAGACUCCCCUGCAUCUGAUCGAUGGUUCCCGUCUUUUCCCUGGCUGGCCACUGACUAGUUCCGGGAAAGGACUGGCAGACUGCAGAUGUCUGGGGUGAAACAGCACCGCUGGGACACAGGACAGAGAGGAACGGUGGCAGGAGAGAGACGGUGCCCCCCACCGAAGUCUGCAGAGUCCCAACCCUUCCCCGGGCUAGAGGGUCGAUUUCCUCAGACGCCGGGUUUCGACACGCCCAGGGGUCUCCUCUCUGACUAUACAUCCCAGCAAACCACGUGGCUGUGAUUCCAGUAACCGGGAAUGCCUGACUCCACCUGUCCCACGCAGAAGCUGGCCUGUGGUGCUGUGGGGACUGGUGACAGAGUUGUUCUAGUUCUGCAGGACGUGACCAAACAGUUCCAGGGAGCUAGCUGAUCAAGGGGUUUUGCAGAGUCCAUAUUUCGUAGAGAC